AUGUCAAACCUGAAGGAGUUGUGUAGCGGCCUGCCUCUGGACCCCAUGCCAUCCAAUCGGGGCCGGGACCCCAGUGUGCCACAUGCACCCGCCAGGACGCCCAACCUCACUCCAGAGGAGGAGAGGCUAGCCCUGAGGAAUGCCCUGCGCUACUUUCCCCCCUCCCACCACAACAUCCUGGCUGCUGAAUUUGCCCAGGAGCUCAGGCAGUAUGGACACAUCUACAUGUACCGCUUCUGUCCCCUCAUACAUAUGAGGGCCUACCCUAUAGAUCAGUACCCCUGUCGUACACGCCAAGCUGCCUCCAUCAUGCUCAUGAUCAUGAACAACCUGGACCAUGCAGUUGCCCAGUUUCCCCAGGAGCUGGUUACCUAUGGGGGAAAUGGACAGGUGUUCAGUAACUGGGCCCAGUUCCGCCUGGUGAUGUACUACCUGAGUGAGAUGACAGAGGAGCAGACUCUGGUCAUGUACAGUGGUCAUCCAGCGGGGCUGUUCCCCAGCCUGCCCUCCUCCCCCCGCGCUAUCAUUACCAACGGCAUGGUCAUUCCAAACUACUCCUCCAGAGAGCAGUAUGAGAAGAUGUUUGCUUUGGGUGUAUCAAUGUAUGGUCAGAUGACUGCUGGUAGCUACUGCUACAUUGGGCCUCAGGGGAUUGUCCAUGGCACCAUGCUGACAGUGUUGAAUGCAGGGCGGAGGUAUCUGGGGUCUGAUGACUUGAGGGGCCGGGUGUUGGUGACAUCGGGGCUGGGGGGCAUGAGCGGGGCACAGGCCAAGGCUGCUGUCAUCGCUGGCUGUGUGGGGGUCAUUGCCGAGGUAGAUGAGGUGCCCCUGAGGAAGAGACAUGAGCAAGGCUGGUUAAUGGAGGUCACCAGUGACAUAGAACACUGCAUCCAACGCAUUAGAGAAGCCAAGAGAUCCAAGGCUCCCCUCAGCUUGGGUUACCAUGGCAAUGUUGUGGACUUAUGGGAGCGUCUGUUGACGGAGUAUGAGAGGACAGGAGAGCUGCUGGUGGACCUGGGCUCAGACCAGACCUCCCUCCACAACCCCUUCAGUGGAGGCUACUACCCAGCUCAGCUCAGCCUCCACCAGGCCAACCAGCUCAUGGCCACAGACCCAGCACGCUUCAAAACCGUGGUCCAUGAGAGUCUUUGUAGACAGGUAGCUGCCAUCAACAAGCUGUCUGAGGCAGGGAUGUUCUUCUGGGACUAUGGAAAUGCCUUCCUCCUGGAGGCCCAGAGAGCAGGAGCGGAGGUAGAGAAGGAGGGAGGCGGAGCGACAGAGUUCCGCUACCCAUCCUACGUCCAACACAUCAUGGGUGACAUCUUCUCCCUGGGCUUUGGACCAUUCCGCUGGGUCUGCACCUCCGGUGACCCCCGUGACCUGACACUGACUGAUGACAUCGCCGCCACUGUCCUGGAGGAGAUCAGCGCCAAUGUAACUGAGCGUGUGCGACAGCAGUACAACGACAACAUACGCUGGAUCCGUGAGGCCGGAAAACACAGGAUGGUGGUGGGCUCCCAAGCCAGAAUCCUCUACUCAGACCAGAAAGGCCGUGUGUGUAUUGCCUUGGCCAUCAAUCAAGCUAUUGCUGAUAGGAGAGUUUCGGCUCCUGUGGUCAUCAGUAGAGACCACCAUGACGUUAGUGGAACAGACAGUCCCUUCAGAGAGACCUCCAAUGUGUACGACGGCUCUGCCUUCUGUGCAGACAUGGCGGUCCAGAACUUUGUAGGCGAUGCAUUCAGAGGAGCCACCUGGGUGUCCCUGCACAACGGUGGAGGGGUCGGCUGGGGUGAGGUGAUGAACGGAGGGUUUGGUCUGCUCCUGGACGGGACGGAGGAGGCAGCGAAGAGAGCCAGUCUGAUGCUCAACUGGGACGUCUCUAACGGGGUGGCUCGUCGAUGCUGGUCGGGGAACUCCAACGCCUAUGAAACCAUCCAGCGUACCAUGGAGGAGCAAAGGCAGCUUCGCGUCACGAUGCCCUACCCUGUGCAGGACGAAGAUGUGUUAGACAGGGCCCUGCAGGGCUAGAUCAGCACACUGCUCACAACACAGCUAGCUAGUCAGAUGAUAAAGGACACACACAGAAUAUUAAUUGUGUCAAUCCACACCACCAUUCACAAUACCAGAUUGUCCUGAAUUAAGAGCAGAACCAAGAUGAUCACUUGAUCAUGGAUGUCAUACAGUUGAAGUCGGAAGUUUACAUACACUUAGGUUG